GUAGCUCAGCCCAUGGGAGAAGCCUCGCUGAAGGUGCUGAAGUCACUGAGUAUUAUUGCUGCUGCAGUAAUAUUGCUAGUAAAUAGCCUUGUAGUCCUCUGAGUCAUAAAAUAUUUAAUAAGAGCCAGUCCUCUAAGUGCAGGUCCCCAGUUUGAUGUAUGAAGCAUGAAAUGAUGACUUGAGUGCUUUUCAUCAAAGGCACCGGCCUCUCGUCGCUGCUUCCUAGUUUGGGAUGUGCUCGAUGCUGGGGUAAAACAAGAUGACCGUAUUAACAGCCUCCUGCCCCAAAAAGCGUAACGAAAACAGGGCUGUGGUUGGACACAGUCAACACACUGGUGCUCUCCCCAAAGCGCACUAUUCUGGUUGGCUUGUGUGGUGUCAGCAGUUUGCCUGGCUGCAUUUCAUCCCAGUGAAUCUUUCCUAUGGUUAUCAAACACAGGCUGUGUUGGAAUACGUCCGCGUCUCGUCCCUUUGCUGCUGCCUGGACCCAGUCUGGCCUCGUCGUGUCAUCUGCUCGCGCUGCGCGUCCUGCUGCGAUGCCAGCUCUGCCAGGGAGGAAAUAGGAGGGGAAUCGUAUAACCUUUCAGAAACCUUCUGUUAAAGUUGGAGUGCUGCAGUUCAAGCAACUGAACAGAUGGAUAAUGGAGACUGGGGAUAUAUGAUGACUGAUCCAGUCACACUAAAUGUGGGUGGACACAUGUAUACGACAUCCCUCACAACUCUAACGAGAUAUCCCGACUCAAUGCUUGGGGCCAUGUUCAGGGGAGACUUCCCCACUGCCAGAGACUCUCAGGGCAAUUACUUUAUUGACAGAGAUGGACCACUUUUCCGCUAUGUUCUUAACUUUUUAAGGACCUCAGAGCUGACUUUGCCCCUGGACUUUAAGGAGUUCGAUCUACUUCGGAAAGAAGCAGACUUCUAUCAGAUUGAACCACUAAUUCAGUGUCUCAAUGACCCCAAGCCGCUGUAUCCUGUGGAUACCUUUGAAGAAGUGGUAGAGCUGUCCAGCACUCGGAAGCUUUCCAAGUACUCCAACCCUGUGGCUGUAAUCAUCACCCAACUAACUAUCACCACAAAAGUCCAUUCGCUGCUGGAGGGCAUUUCAAACCACUUCACCAAGUGGAAUAAGCAUAUGAUGGACACCAGGGACUGCCAGGUUUCCUUCACCUUCGGGCCGUGCGACUACCACCAGGAAGUGUCGCUCCGCGUGCACCUCAUGGAGUACAUCACAAAGCAGGGCUUCACCAUCAGGAACACCAGGGUUCACCACAUGAGCGAGCGUGCCAAUGAAAACACAGUGGAGCAUAACUGGACUUUCUGUAGAUUGGCACGGAAAACGGAUGACUGAUUCCAACUCCACAGGAGCCAUUUCAGUGGGUAGCAACUCAGUUGAACAAUAAACCUGAGAGAGCCUGGAUUUUGGUGAAAGAAACUGUGGGCUUUUUUUU